AUGUUCCCCUCACAACGUGCACGCCGCCCAAGCCACAGACGAAGGAUCGACCACCCGACUCCCGCCGCCUCGGUCCCUUCAGGCCGCGCCGCUAGGACCCGCCCACUUGUGCUCCGCCCCGUGCGUGCAGCGCCGCGCCGCGGGGCGGGACAGGGCCGGGGGGGCGGGGCCCGAGGUGCGCGAGGGAAGGAAGGGCAAUGCUAUUGGCUGGUUCGGCCCGAGAGUUGCGUGCGCGCAGGCUCCUCGGGCCUCGCCCCGCCUUCCGCGGCCCAGGCCAGGAGCGCCUGCGUAGAAGCCAGCCGGGGCUUCCCCGGAGCCGAGUGGGCGCUUCAGCCACGGUUUGCUGGCUUUAAUCUGGGUGCCCAACGGCUGGCCUGGCGAAAGCGCUGGUUUGUCCUCCGGCGGGGCCGCAUGAGUGGCGACCCAGAUGUCUUGGAGUACUACCGGAACAAGCACUCCAGCAAGCCCAUCCGCGUGAUAGACCUCAGUGAGUGUGCCGUCUGGAAGCACGCAGGUCCAGGCUUUGUUCGGAAAGAAUUUCAGAAUAAUUUCGUGUUCAUUGUCAAGACCGCUUCCCGUACAUUCUAUCUGGUGGCCAAGACUGAGGAAGAGAUGCAAGUGUGGGUGCAUAGCAUCAGUCAGGUCUGCAAUCUCUGCCACUUGGAAGACGGUGCAGAUUCUGUGGAGAGCCUCUCUCACAUGCCCUCCUCCCUCCAGCCUUCCCCUGCUAGCUCCCUUCACACCGCCCAGGCUGCCAGGUCCUCCUUGCCAAGAGAUGACCCAAGUGCUAAUACCUUAGCCACUGAGGAAACCAGAAGUGAGUCAGAAUUUCUCUUCCUUCCUGAUUAUCUGGUCCUGUCCAACUGUGAGACUGGAAGACUGCACCGUACCAGUCUACCCACGAGAUGUGAUAGCUGGUCAAACUCAGACCGCUCAUUGGAACAGACUUCAUUUGAUGACGUUUUCGUUGAUUGCCUGCAGUCGCUACCCUCCAGUAACUUGAUGUACUCCUCCUGCCAUGGGACUGGAUCUCAGGAGGUGCCUUCCACGAAGCCUCAGGCUGCCCUGAUCAGGAGUAGAGAAAUCAAUGGGCCAUCCAGGGACUACUUAUCAUCUUCACCGUUGCUGGAAACUUCCUUAAAUUCCACCAUUCAGGUAGAUAAAAACCAAGGUUCCUUGCCCUGUGGGGUAAAAGAACUAGACGUUAUGUCCAACACCCCACCUCCCCGUCCCCCUAAGCCAAGCCAUCUCUCUGAACGGCGCCAAGAGGAGCAGCUCCUGUGGAGUGGGCACAGCAGCAUCAAGAACCCAGAAUGCUCUAUGGUUCCAAGAAGAAUCUCUCUCUCUGGUUUAGAUAACAUGAGAACCUGGAAAGCUGAUGUAGAAGGCCAAUCCUUAAGACACCGAGACAAGAGGCUUAGUUUAAAUUUGCCUUGCAGGUUCUCUCCGAUGAGCCCCACAGCUUCAGCCAGUGCCGAAGAUAGCUAUGUGCCCAUGGGCCCCCAUGCCGCUGCCAUGAGCCCUGGACCCCACAGUAGCCCUGAUGACUACAUCCCGAUGAGCUCAGGAAGCACCUCGAGCCCACUGCGUGAGCUACCUGUGGACCUGGAGCCUCCUCCAGUGAAUAGAGAUCUUAAGCCUCAAAGGAAACCACGGCCACCUCCACUGGACCUGAGAAACCUCUCCACCAUCCGGGAGCAUGCGUCUCUAACCAGGACCCUCACUGUGCCUUGCAAUAGAACCAGCUUUCUCUCUCCAGAAAGAAAUGGUAUUAAUUCUACAAGAUUUUUUGCCAAUCCUGUUUCCAGAGAAGAGGAAGAAACCUACAUCCAAAUGGUAAUUCUAUAUUUUGCACACUGUUUCUAUUCUUCAUCCCAAUAUAUACUUUUAUAAGUUUAUUUUAAAGGAAACAUACCCUUAAGAAAGCCCUGUGCAGUCUGAAAACAAUCAUUUGAUUGUAAAACCAGAUCACAAGGUUUUCUAGACUGGUAAAAAAUUGGUUUGAAGCUGGUUUUCUUUCCUGCAAUAUUCAACUCCUCAUGCCAUUUUGAAGCCACAGUAUUUCAAGAAAACCCAAGGCUGAGGCAUGCGUAAUGGGAAAAUGGAAAUGUCAGUAAUUCUUUUCACUGGCGCUGUGAUGUCCUGUUUGACCCCAGUAGGUGUGCAGUUCCCUGAAUGUUCAGAGUCUAGGCUGUGAAAACACACAUAUUAGAUGCCUCCCUUCCACCAGAGCACCACCUAAUUUCCUAGUGACCCUGCCUUGACUAACUCUGGACUUUCGCGGAGGAUGAAUCACAGUCCUAUG